AUGGAAGUAUGUUACCAGCUGCCGGUUUUGCCUCUAGACAGGCCGGUUCCUAAGCAUGUCCUCAGCCGGAGAGGAGCCAUCAGUUUCAGCUCCAGCUCGUCUCUCUUCGGCGCUCCUGAUCCAAGACAGCUGUCUCAGAGACGAGGGGCCAUCUCUUAUGACAGCUCAGAUCAGACCGCUCUGUACAUUCGUAUGCUCGGAGAUGUGAGAGUGAGAAGUCGGGUAGGAUUUGACCCAGAAGGAAAAGGUUCCUACUCGUACCUGUGCAUCGACUUCCGCACCCUACACUCCUACUCAGACUCUAGUCUGAUCCCUGGUCCUGGCUUCAGUUCGGCUGGGCCUGUGUCUGGCAGGAGGCUCCGCAGACUGCUCAGCUUCCAGAGGUACCUGCACUCCUCCCGUCUGCUCCGGGGAACACCCCACCUCAACCCCCUCCACAUCCUUGAUGAGGACUACACCGGACAGGCCAAGUGUAUGCUGGAAAGGGUCGCGACCUGGAAUUUCGACAUUUUCCUCUAUGACAGAUUAACCAAUGGAAACAGCCUGGUGACGCUGACCUUUCACCUCCUAAACCAGUAUGGUCUGCUGGAGCUGUUUCAGCUGGACAUGGUAAAGCUGUGGCGCUUCCUGGUCAUGGUGCAGGAAGACUACCACAGCCUCAACCCCUACCACAACGCUGUGCACGCCGCAGACGUCACGCAGGCCAUGUACUGUUACCUGCGAGAACCCAAGCUGGCCAAGUCCCUGACGUCCUGUGACAUCCUCCUGGGCCUGUUGGCAGCCGCCACUCAUGACCUGGACCACCCGGGAGUCAACCAGCCCUUCCUCAUCAAGACGAACCACUACCUGGCCAAGCUCUACAGGAACUCCUCUGUUCUGGAGAACCAUCACUGGAGGUCUGCAGUAGGUCUGCUCAGAGAGACCGGCCUGUUCUCCCACCUGCCUGCUGAGGACGGGCUGAAGAUGGAGCACCAACUGGGUUCUCUUAUCCUAGCCACUGACAUCAGCAGACAGAACGAGUACCUGGGGAAGUUCAGGACACACCUGGACCAGGAUGACCUGUACCUGAGCAAUGCCAGCCACCGACACUUCAUCCUCCAGAUGGCUCUGAAGUGUGCGGACAUCUGCAACCCCUGCAGACCCUGGGAGCUGAGCAAACAGUGGAGUGAGAAAGUGACGGAAGAGUUCUUCCACCAAGGAGACAUUGAGAAGAAGCACCGACUUGAAGUCAGUCCACUGUGUGAUAGCCAGAGUAACUCCAUGGCAAACAUUCAAAUUGGUUUCAUGACGUACGUGGUGGAGCCUUUGUUUGCUGAGUGGGGCCGGUUCUCUGACACGCGUCUGUCCCAGACCAUGUUGGGCCACCUGGGGCUGAACAAGGCCAGCUGGGGUGGGUUAGUACAGCAGGAGGGGUCCUCUAGCCCCGAGGAGCUGGAACCUAGCAGCCCUGCCUUCUUCACCAUGUCAACGCCCGCCGUCACCGAGUCAGAACCAGAGUCUGCCUCUGCUGCGGAACCCAUAGCUGUCACCACGGCAACAGCCACAGGAGAAACCAACUACAAAGAAAUACCUCAGGGAAGCAAAGAGUCCUGACACUCCAUGUUUGCCCUUAGAACCCUGACCCCUGACCGCUAGCCUCGACACAUACUGGGGAGAGGGUGGGAGGAGCGGGGUAUGGCCUUUAACCCCCCCUACUCCCACUGCCCCACCAGAACAGUACUCAUGUUUUUGUUGCCUUUGCCUCCCAUAUUUGACAAACCACAGAUUUAAUUUAUUUCGUUUUUAAUUUUUUCCUUGACAUACAUAGAUACUGCUGCUGUAUUUAGUAUUUUUAUUGGCUUAUUUUAUUUAUUUAUUUGUCCUCUGUAGUUUUAGCCUUACUAAUGUAACACCACCAUUUUGAAGGCGAAGUGCCAUUUUCAAACAAAGUUCUGUAGGAGGAUUUGAAACACACUGAGUAUUGAAGAGAUGCUCUCUAAAGACCGCACAGAGAUGCCGUGAUGUGUGUUGAUGCAUUUGUAAGGAAUCUUCUUCCUGAAGAUAAUGUGACAAGCCCAGUCCUUUUGCUGCCUCUAUGAAGACUCUUUACAGAUGUCUUGUUUGUUUAUCCUUGUUGUCCAUUCGAAAUGAAUCAUUAUGGUUCCGCGAUAUGCCUUCUAAGCACAGAUGCGAAGAACCACUAGUGUUUGAAUUGUCGACUCACUGCUGAAGUUGACUGACUCACACACACACACACCAGAUGCCAUAAAGAAACACCCCCUGUGCUCCAUUGUAUUCAUCUCUUCCUUGCACUGCCAAAAGACUGAAAUAUUGGACACACAACUUCUGUUCUGAGAGAACUUGGGUUAGACAGAAUGGUAUUCUAGAAUGUAACUAAUAUGAAGAAGCAUUGUUGUCAGUGACUGUAGAGAAUGCAUGACCUCUAACCCUGGACCAGUCACUGAGGCAUAGUACACACACCCCAUCUGAAAACUCCCAACACCACUCACGCAGGGUGGACUGUAGGAGGGAAGUUUACUGUGGUUUAGCUACCUGUGAAACAGCUGUUUACUUCUACUGAAUGGGACUCUCUCAGAAUGUCUCUCAUUAUCAUCAUAGCCACAUGCAACCUAGGACUGCUGUACUGAUGCCUUAUAACUAUGCACACUGCGCUAAGUGACCAAACCAGCUCCCUACCACUAGUUCUUCUAGUAAUCUCAUGAAGUACAUCGUGUGCUUGUCCUCUUAAUGCACUGUCUGAUUUUCUUUUGCCUUUUUGUGAGGAAAAACUGAACUCAAACACAUUCUGUAUAUAAAUGUUUUUUGUUUUUUUUUACAUUCCAUCUCCAUUUAUACAUUUUUAUUUUUUAUUCUGUAGACUGCACAAAGAUUUUAAUAACAGGUGCUUUUUCCUAUUUUAGCUGAUUUUAGUAUUUUCGCUGUAAGACUGUUUACAAUUUGUUGCGACAGCCAUUUUGGGAAGAAGACUUGUCAAGCCAUUUUGUACAGGAUUUGCCGUAUUGACCUUUUGAUACAUGCUUGUUGCCGUUUACAUUUUGAUAAAUAAAACAAGUUGACAUGAA